GAGGGAGCUUAGGUAUGAUAACGCUAAUAGGCGUAAGGUGGCAAACAUCUGUAAAAGCGACUAUAGUCAACCCGGAAAUAGCAAGAAGGUACUUUCCCUAAAUUACAGAGUUUGGAUGAUUACAAUUGAAUGAGGAUUCCACCUGAUCAACACUUAAUUACAGUGGCAGUGCUAGUGGUCUGUGCAGUAGGCAAUUCUUAAACCUUCUUAAUUUGAGAGUACAACAAAGGCCAAAAGAGGUCAUAAACUUAAGAUGAAUAUCACGAGAGAAACCUUUGUAAGAGAACUACCCUUGAGUGCCAGGAAAAGGCUAGCUUUAUGCCUUGAUAGUCCACUUAGUAACUUGGAUUGGAGGGCGAUGGCUGAAAAGUUGCCACGACGACCGGGCAUCCCCCUAGAACCAAAGUAUAACUACCAACAAAUAAGCAUGUUUGAAUUGGCUCUGCAGAGACCAGGAGGCAGCCCAACAAUAGCUGUCUUAGAUGAUUGGGGCACCACCAAUGCCAGGGUAGCAGAUCUUCUAAAGGUGUUUGGCGAAAUGAAACAUCUAGCUGCUAUGGAUGCCCUUAUACCAGGUUCUAGCGUAUACUAUAAACAAGAUGAACAAGUGGCAGCCGAAGCACAAAUGCCUCCACUGCGCCCAUCUGCCCCUCCUAUGACUCCAUCAAUACCUCCGAACAUUCCUCCAAGGCCGGGAGCAAGCACCGUUGCGGCUAAACCAGUGUACCCAGCUGACUCAACCAUGCUCCCAUGCUUUGACCGAGACCUAGUUCAGAGAUUUAGCUAUGAAGAGAUAACAAGGAUGACAAGAGGUUUUGAUCAGAAGAAGGUUAAAGAUGGAGGAUGCCUCAUUGAUGAGGGAGGAUUCGGAGUUGUUUACAGGGGAACAUUCUCUGGAGAAGAAAUGUGUGCUGUGAAAAAACUAAAAGAGAAUGUAAUGCCUGAUGAAGUCAGUGUUGAGGGACAGUUUGACAGUGAACUCAAAGCUUUAUGCAGGCUGAGGCAUCCCAACCUAGUCAUCCUCUACGGUUACUGCUUUGAACCGCCUCACCUAUGCCUAGUCUAUGAGCUAAUCAGAGGGGGAUCAUUAAGGGAUCGUCUUGCCUGUAAGGAUGGGACCCCGACUCGUAAGCCCUUGUCUUGGCCCAAGAGACUGGACAUCGCUUGGGGAUCAGCAUGCGGGCUACGCUAUCUACAUGAUAAAGGCUUCAUUCAUAGAGAUAUUAAGAGCGCCAAUAUUCUCCUCGAUACAAAUCUAAUCCCUAAGAUUUGUGAUUUUGGGCUGGUUCGAGACAAGUCCGGCAAGCAGAAAGGUGAAACGUCUUAUUUCAUUACAAGCUUCACCAUUGGUAGUACGUUUUACAUGGCACCAGAGGCUAACUUUGGUGAAUACUCUAAAAAGACAGAUAUCUACAGCUUCGGAUUGGUUCUUCUCGAGAUAUUGACCGGCCUUCCCGUGUACGACGAGACGCACAUCACGACAACAGUAGACGAUAUGAUGGAUAGGCACAACAACGAUGUUGUAUUCCUGGUAGACAAGCAUGCGGAGAUGUGGAAUGAAAGAUCCGCCCAGGUGAUGUACGACCUCUCGAGUCAAUGCACGGAGCACAAGAGUAAGAAGAGACCAGACAUUGAAGAGGUUGUUCAACGUUUGGAAAGCGUACAAGAGGAUAUACCAACAAAGUAACUAGAAUUCUAUUAUCAGAGAUUAAUAUUGAUUAUAUGAGUACUGAGAUAUGCAAAUUAUAAUCACCAGAUUAUAUGGUGCUGAGGAUCAUGAUAAAGUUGUGGAUUUCCUUCAAAUUUUUAGACAACUUUAAACCAAAAUUAUUGACAGAUUCAUUAAAAUAUUGUUUUAAAACGACACAUGUUUGGCAUUUAGGGUGAAAUCAAGCACAACUUGUGAUUUUCCUUUUCAAUAUGUAAUCACUCUAAAAGCACAGAAUGUUAUAUUGAAGCCUUCAGAAUAUGAAGAUCUAUGCAAAUAUAAUUGUAAUUUUGAUAUAUUUUUUACUGUUGAGAAAGCUUGUCCUUGGGCCCAGAAAGUAAGAUAAAAAGGGAACAAUCAAACCAGAAUUAAAGUUAAAUGAAUAUUUUUUAACAUAUUUCUUUUUAUACAAAGUGAUAUACAAUGUAAAAUUCAAUGCGAAUACUAGUAUUUCAUGAUUAUUGAAUCAGUUUAUGUGACAUACUGUAUUAUAAAACAACACUACUCAUGAAUUUAGAAGGUAAAUUCCCAGAAUAAGAAAACUAGAUGGAAGUUUGUGUAUUCAGGAAUUUUCCUGUGUUAUAUUAGGAGUUAAUCAAAAUUGCCAUCAGUGCAAGUAUCAGCAAAUUUAUGCUAAUUAUUUAUUGUAGUUCAUUAAAUCAUUAUCAUCAUUAUAAUUUUAUUUUGAUUUUCUAGAAUGUAUCAGAGAAAUUGAUAGUGUCAUACAACUCAAUAAAAAAUAAGUACCAACACCCAGAGUAAAACAAAUUUACUGAAUAACUGUAGUCAAUGAGAAAAAAGAUAAAAAGGAAAUGAAAUAUGAGCAAAGUUAUUUGAUUAAUGAACAUAGUUUCAAUGAAAUAUAAAAAUAAAUAUAAUAG